AUGGAGGAUCGACGCUUGUUUUCUAGGGCCCAACAUCAGCGACCGCGUCGCCGUUUUCUCUUCGCACUCCUCGGUUGCGCCCCCAUCGUGACGAUGUUUGCCGGGUGUCCUGCGAUGUCUCCCAGACACGUGAUGGUCGACGGGAUCAUGAGCGAGAUGCAUCGCGGCUCGGAAGAAGGCACCUACCAGCGGAUGCGGAACGAUAUGGAAGCCACCGAAGGCGAAUCUGCCCCGCACUAUGAUGGACGCUUCGGCACGCUACUGCCGCCGAGCCUGUCUGAUUCUCCGUGGAAGACUUCCUCCAUGUCGCACUCGCAACCCGACGAAUCUGCCUUCGAUCUCGAGCAGAUCACCAGCACCACCUUUGUGAAAGAGGUGAUCUGUCACAAGACGAUCGAUUCCACCAAUAAUUUCGCGCUGGAACUGUGUCGCUCGAACCAAGUGAGUGGGGCGCUGUUGAUUCUCACAGAGGAACAAACGGCCGGCCGCGGGCGGGGCGAGAAUGUGUGGUGGUCGACCGAUGGCUCGCUGGCGUUUUCGCUCGUUAUCGACACUGACGAGUUCCGCUUGCCCCAAGAGCUAUGGCCGCAGGCCUCGUUGACGACCGGGUUGGCGGUUUGCAUGGCGUUGGAGCAAUUGCUUGGUGAGGGGCACGUUGCGCUGAAAUGGCCGAACGACGUUCAUCUGCAAGGACGCAAGAUUGGGGGGAUCCUCGUAGAGGUUGGGCCCCGUCCCUCCGGCAAGCUGGUGCUCGGAAUCGGGCUGAACGUGAAUAAUUCGCUGGCCGAAGCAUCGAGCGAGUUACAAGCCAGGGCCACUUCGUUGUUCGACUUCACGGGGCGCGACUUCAUGCGAACCGAUGUGCUGACGGCAAUUCUCGCGCAGCUCGAACAGCAACUUAGCCGGCUGGCGCUGCGCGAUCCUCUGCUGGCCAACGAUUGGCAGUCACGCUGUGCACUCCGCGGCAAGACCGUGGAAAUCGACUCCGGCAAAAAACGCGUUCAGGGAACUUGCCAGGGAAUCGAUGUGGAUGGUGCGCUGGUUGUGGUCACGGAAGAAGGGCCCCAACGAAUCUUUGGCGGCACCGUGACUCACAUCGACUGA